CGGCCAGAGCAGCAGGCGCCCGAGCAGCAGGCGCCCGAACAGCGCGAGCGGCCGAGCGGGCGGCGGGGACCGCGGGGCGAGCGGCGGCCCUGCCUCGGCGCUCGGAGGGCGGCGGAGGUGCGGCGCGGAGCCAUGGUGAUCAUGUCCGAGUUGAGCGCGGCCCCCGUGGGCUCUAGCCAGGGCCAACAGAAGCCCCUCCGGGUGGGCUUCUACGACGUCGAGCGGACCCUGGGCAAGGGCAAUUUCGCCGUGGUGAAGCUGGCCCGGCAUCGAGUCACCAAAACCCAGGUUGCAAUAAAAAUAAUCGAUAAAACUCGAUUAGAUUCAAGCAAUUUGGAGAAAAUAUAUCGUGAGGUUCAGAUCAUGAAGCUUCUGAAUCAUCCUCACAUCAUAAAGCUUUAUCAGGUUAUGGAGACGAAGGAUAUGCUUUACAUUGUCACCGAGUUCGCAAAAAAUGGAGAAAUGUUUGAUUAUUUGACCUCCAACGGGCACCUCAGCGAGAAUGAAGCCCGCAAGAAGUUCUGGCAGAUUCUGUCGGCCGUGGAAUACUGCCACAGCCACCACAUUGUGCACCGGGACCUCAAGACCGAGAACCUGCUGCUGGACGGCAGCAUGGACAUAAAGCUGGCAGAUUUCGGAUUUGGGAAUUUCUACAAGGCAGGAGAGCCCCUGUCCACGUGGUGCGGGAGCCCCCCGUACGCAGCCCCGGAAGUCUUUGAGGGGAAGGAGUACGAAGGCCCCCAGCUCGACAUCUGGAGCCUCGGCGUGGUGCUGUACGUCCUCGUCUGCGGCUCGCUCCCCUUUGAUGGGCCCAACUUGCCAGCUCUGCGGCAGCGGGUGCUGGAGGGCCGCUUCCGCAUCCCCUUCUUCAUGUCUCAAGACUGUGAGACACUGAUCCGCCGCAUGCUGGUGGUGGACCCCACCAAGCGCAUCACCAUCGCCCAGAUCCGGCAGCACAGGUGGAUGCAGGCCGAGCCCUCGGUGCCGCGGCAGGCCUGCCCGGCCUUCUCCGCGCUCAGCUACAACUCCAACCUGGGCCACUAUGACGAGCAGGUGUUGGGCAUCAUGCACAGCCUUGGCAUCGACCGGCAGAGGACCGUGGAGUCACUGCAGAACAGCAGCUACAACCACUUUGCCGCCAUUUAUUACCUCCUCGUCGAGCGGCUGAAGGAGUACCGGCACACUCAGCCCCCCGCCCGGCCCGGCCUGGCCCGGCCGCAGAGGCCCAGGAGCUCAGAUCUCAGCGGCUUUGAGGUGCCUCAGGAAGGCCUCUCCAGUGACUCCUUCCGAUCCUCCCUGCUGUGCCCACAGCCCCAGGCCUUGGGCCAGUCUGUCCUGCAGGCCGACACGGACUGUGACCCCCUGAGCUCGCUCCAGCCCUUGCUUUUCCCCCUGGACGCCAACUGCAACGGAGCGUUCCGGCAUCGCUCCAUCUCCCCUAGUGGCCUGCUGGACGCGCCCAUCAGUGAGGAGGUCGGGCAGGGCCCGGGCCUGGAGGAGGAGCGGGGGGCCCAGAAGCCCCUGGCCGGCAGCACAGGCCGCAGGCACACGCUGGCCGAGGUCUCCACCUGCUUCUCCCCAUGCGCCCCUCCGUGUAUAGUCAUCUCUUCCUCCGCCGCAAGCCCUUCAGAGGGCACCAGCUCCGACAGCUGUCUGACCUUCUCAGCGGGCGAUGGCCCCGGGGGGCUCAGUGGACGCCUGGCUGCUCAGGGGCUGGUGGGCACCUGCUCCCCUCUCAGACUGGCCUCACCGCUUCUGGGGGCCCAGUCUGCCACCCCAGUGCUGCAGGCUCAGGGGGCCCCAGGAGGGGUCACUCUGCUCCCCAUCAGCUUCCAGGAAGGCCGGAGGGCGUCAGACACCUCGCUCACUCAAGGGCUGAAAGCCUUCCGGCAGCAGCUGAGGAAGAACGCGAGGACCAAAGGGCUCCUGGGCCUGAACAAGAUCAAGGGACUGGCUCGCCAGGUGUGCCAGCCCUCCUCCAGCCGAGCCUCCAGGGGUGGCCUGAGCGCCUUCCAGUUGCCCGCGCAGAGCCCAGGCCUGCACGGCAGCGGGGCCAGCAGCCGGGAGGGCCGGAGCCUGCUGGAAGAGGUCCUGCACCAGCAGAGGUUGCUCCAGCUGCAGCACCACCCGGCAGGCCCCCCCAGCUGUCCGCAGGCCCCCCAGCUGCCCCCGGCCCCGCUGGUCCUCACCCCGUGUGACGGCGCGCUCCUCGUGUCGGGACUCCAGAAGGAGCUGGGGCUGGGGCCCGGCCCGCUGCUGCCACCCCACCUCCUGCAAGCCGGGGGCUCCCCGGUGGCCUCGGCGGCCCAGCUGCUGGACACCCACCUGCACAUCAGCCACGCCACAGCCCCCCAUCCCGCCGCCACGCUGCCCCCCAGCUUUGUGGGUGCGGGGCUGCCGCAGGCGGACUGUGAGCUGGAGGACCUGACGGCGGGUCAGCUGGGCACAUUCGUGCUAGUGCAGUGAGCCUCCGCCUCCACUCGGGCCGCCGGCCCUUCGAAGCAAUAAUUUCAGAGUAUGUGAAGAUGUUUCCGGACUCGAAGCCAAUAAGUUUCUAGAAGCGAAACAAGCAAUACGUUUGGUGUUUUGGC